GUUGGCAUAAAACGUUGGGCUAGUAUUGUCCCAGGUACAGAUUCCAGCCCUCAGCAGAAAUAUUCAGAAAAAGGUGAAGACAGCAGUAAGCAUGGCUGAUGUUAUCCUGUCAGUGGUCUUUGGCGUGUUUAAAAUCCUGGCAGUUGUCUACGAUGUGGUCACUUUUGUGCCCUACUACAUUGCUUCCAAGCCAGGACAGAAACUGAAACAGUCGAGGAGGAUGAAGGCUCGUUCAGUGGAUGGGAAUCCGGCCUCUCCGUUCCGGUGUGUGGAGCUGAGUGGAGGCCCCCUGACGACAACCCCGUUUCCAGAAUGUUCCACCCUCGAAGACCUGCUUGUGCGGGCUGUGAGAAUCUACGGGGAGAAACGCUGCCUCGGGACACGUGAGCUACUCCGAGAAGAGGAUGAAAAACAGGCAAACGGGAGAGUGUUUAAAAAGGUUGUGAUGGGCGAAUAUUCGUGGAUCACAUUUGAGCAAAUGUACACACGUCUGACCUACCUCGGUAGCGGUUUACUGGCCCUGGGACAGAAACCUCGCAAAAAUAUCCUCAUCUUCGCCGAAACUCGCGCUGAGUGGAUGAUUGCAGCACAGGCCUGCUUCAAGUAUAACUUUCCAGUUGUGACGUUGUAUGCGACUCUUGGCGAGGAUGCCAUUAUACAUAGUGUGAAUGAAAGUGAAGUCAGCCAUGUCAUCACUUCCGCUGACCUUUUGCCCAAAUUUAAGGGCAUUAUGGGUAAGAUGCCUAAGUUGACGCACCUGAUUGUGAUGUGUGAUAACCAGUCAAUUGCGAGUGUACGUAAAGACUUCCAGGACAAUAUCAACAUUUUUACGUUCAAUGAGGUGGAGGUUCAGGGGGCGGAGCCUGAUAACAUCCGAACCCCAGUUACCAAACCCAAACCAGAAGAUACGGCUGUGAUCAUGUACACAUCUGGAUCUACCGGCGUUCCUAAAGGUGUGAUAAUCAGCCACGGUAAUCUAAUGGCGGGGAUGUCUGGACAGUGUCAGAGGAUAGCGGGGCUGGGACCACACGACACAUACAUAGGUUAUCUCCCGCUGGCUCAUGUGCUGGAGCUCAGUGCAGAGACUGCAUCCCUGUCCCAUGGUGUGGCUAUUGGCUAUUCAUCCCCCCUAACACUCACUGACCAGUCCAGCAAGAUCAAGAAGGGCAGCCAGGGAGACAUCUCUGUUCUCCGCCCUACACUCAUGGCAGCAGUACCUGUAUGUUCCCUCUAUUCCACACCUUUCAUAUUAACAGAUACCUGGCAGAGCUUCUCACACUUCAUGAAAUAUCAUAUUUAA